UCGCCGAGUCCCUAGCGUCGGCGACGAAGACCGCAAAGCGCAACGACAAUGGAGCAAUUACGGUACCUGGGCUCGCUCGAAGGCCACAAGGGAUGGGUGACGGCCAUCGCGACGUCGUCCGAGAACCCGGACAUGAUCCUCACCGCGUCCCGAGACAAGACGAUCAUCGUCUGGCAGCUCACCCGCGACGACGAGUCCUACGGUUACCCCAAGCGCAUCCUCCACGGCCACAACCACUUCGUGUCUGACGUCGUCAUCUCCUCCGACGGCCAGUUCGCCCUCUCUUCCUCCUGGGAUCACACCCUCCGCCUCUGGGAUCUUAACACCGGCCUCACCACCCGUCGCUUCGUCGGCCACAAGUCCGAUGUCUUGUCUGUCAGCUUCAGCGCCGACAACAGGCAAAUCGUCUCUGGCUCGCGCGACAAGACGAUCAAGCUCUGGAACACCCUCGGAGAGUGCAAGUACGACAUCAAGGAGGAUGGCCACUCUGAGUGGGUCUCCUGCGUGCGCUUCAGCCCGAACGUCCUCAACCCGGUGAUCGUGUCCUGCGGCUGGGACAAGGUCGUCAAGGUCUGGGAACUCUCGAAGUUCAAGUUGAAGACCAACCACUACGGCCACACCGGCUACGUCAACACCGUCUCCGUGUCGCCGGAUGGCUCCCUCGCCGCCUCCGGUGGCAAGGACGGUAUCACCAUGCUCUGGGACUUGAACGAGGGCAAGCACCUCUACUCCCUCGAGGCCGGUGACGUCGUCAACGCCCUCGUCUUCUCCCCCAACCGCUACUGGCUAUGCGCCGCCACGACGAAAUGCGUCAAGAUCUUCGACCUUGAGAGCAAGUCGAUCGUCGACGAGCUCGUCCCGUCGUUCGACGUUCCCGAGGGCGCGCGCCAGCCGGAGUGCGUCUCCAUUGCCUGGUCCGCCGACGGCCAGACUCUCUUCGCCGGCUUCACGGACAACAAGCUCCGUGUCUGGACCGUCAUCUCAUAAGACGUUAGGGACGAUGGAUGACCAGGGGGGCUGCUGUCUGAUGCUAUAUUGUUGUGUUGUACACUACAUGUACGCUACUUUUCCACCUCAAAAUUCAGACCGCGCAGACGGCCGGUUUCAUAUCUCA